GCCGCGCACGCACCCAGCUGUGGGGACCCGGUUGGUUGCCCCAGGCCCAGGACUCGGGAAGGUCCGGGCCGUCGCGCGCCUCUAGACACCCGCCGCAGCCCAAUUCACUGAGCGCCCGGCAUGAAUCGCAAGAAGCUGCAGAAGUUGACGGACACAUUAGCUAAAAACUGCAAGCAUUUUAAUACAUUGGAAGUGAAAUGUCUUAUACAUCUUUUUUAUAACUUGGUGGGAGAUGUAACAGAGCGGCAAAGUGUGGUCAUUGGACUGGAUCGUAAUGCAUUUCGAAACAUAUUGCAUGUGACAUUUGGAAUGACAGAUGACAUGAUUAUGGACAGAGUAUUCCGAGGUUUUGAUAAAGAUAAUGACGGCUGUGUAAAUGUAUCAGAAUGGAUUUAUGGGUUAUCCCUGUUCCUUCGAGGAACUUUGGAAGAAAAAAUGAAAUAUUGCUUUGAAGUUUUUGAUUUGAAUGGUGAUGGAUUCAUUUCAAAGGAGGAAAUGUUCCACAUGUUGAAGAACAGCCUUCUCAAACAGCCAUCUGAAGAAGACCCUGAUGCAGGAAUUAAAGCUUUGGUUGAGAUAACACUUAAGAAAAUGGAUCAUGAUCAUGAUGGGAAGCUCUCCUUCUCAGACUAUGAACGAUCUGUAAGAGAAGAGACUCUUUUACUGGAAGCUUUUGGACCAUGCCUACCUGAUCCAAAGAGCCAGAUGGAAUUUGAAUCCCACAUAUUCAAAGAUCCAAAUGAAUUCAAUGAUAUUUGAAUACCUAAAUGUCUGUGUUAUCUCAAGUGAGUAAAAAAAGGAGGCAUAUAUAUGUAUUGUGCAUUUUUUCUACUUACCUCAGAAAGAUGAUGUUGAAUUAUGUGUUUGGCAUGAGGGAUGAUGUUCACUUACAUGUAUCAUUCAACUUUGGUAUAAGCACCAAGUAAAUUGGAUGGAAGACAAGAAGUUCCUUAUUAGAUGUUGUUGGGUUUGGCAAGACAAGUUAAUAUUGCUAGAGAUAUUUUAUAUUUAGACAGUCUGUUGAAGCACAUAACUGUCAUAAAACAUUUACAAUAAUGAAAUUAAUAGAGAUGUUAUAUAAUCAUGAAUUGUUAAGGCAAAUACUCUUCAUGUCAGAAAAAUGUUGGGCAUAAAUUUAAAAAUCAUUGAAACUACUGAAUUUCCUUUGGAGCAGUAAAUAAUUAAGAUGACAUAAAACAACACUGGCAUUUAGCAUUUAAACAUCUUUCUGCCAGGCACUGAUGGAGAUUUAGAGAGAUGAAAGAAACUUAUAACCUAUUUUAAUAUGAUCUGUAUAUUGUUUUAGGCUUUGCCAUAACAACCUGACUAAAUUUUAAGUGUCUGAGGUCUGGGGUCUCAUCACACAUAUUUAUAUAUCUGACAAAGCAGUAUAUAUCUGCACAGAAUGGACACUCAAUAAAUUCAAUAGAUUGAAAAGUACCAAGUACCACAAGAUAAUUCCAAACUCAUAGCAAGUGGAGGAAGAGAAAAAUGUUGUUGUUUCUUUUUUCUUAAUUAAAAUAUAUUGGUAGGGCUGGCUG